GUCCCGGCACCGGCAACACCUCCCGGGGCGGGACCGGGGGGACGACGCUCGGCAGCGGCACGAACACAGCGGCACGGACACAACCGACGGCAACCGGUACCAGCGACAGUCGGAGCCGGGCAGCGGUGCGGGGACAACGGUGACAACCGGAGCCGAGACCGGACGGGAGGAGCACGGGCUGGAAGUGGGACCGAGCCGGGAGCUGGGAACGGGUCAAGGGGUCCCUGAUGCUGAACCCGAGAGAGGAUUUGGGAUCUGGAGACAGAAGCGGCUGGAAAACCGGGAUCCGGUACCGGGAGUGAGGAUCUGGGAGCAGGCAGCGAACUCCAGUUGGGAACUGGUGCUGGAACUGGGCAAACAGCUGGGAUCUGGUGUCAAGAUCGAGCUGGAAUCUGUGAUCCAACAUCACAAGCAGGAAUCUGGGAUCCAAAACCAAAUCAAGCCUGGAGCUGGGAUCCAGCACUAACAUUGACCUGGGAUCUGGCACCUUUAUUAGCCUAAUAAUCAUGUUCUGGGCUCAGAACUGAGCAGGGAUCUGGGAUCCAUCCCCACCUUCCAUCUCAAGCGCUGGGAAUCCAUCAGCGUCUGGUGAAUCCCUAGUGAUCCCGACUGGGAUCAGGGCUGGAACGUCACCAUUCCAUUCGGAUCCAUCGGGACCCAUCAAGAUCCAUUGGGAUCUAUUGGGAUCCAUCGGGAUCCGUUGGGAUCAAGCUAUGCCUCGUGCCUUCCUGGUGAAGAAGCCGAGUGUGGCCUCAGCCAAGCGCAACUGGAGCGAGCUCCCGGAUGAGCAGCGUGCGGAGAUCUACGUGCCCAUCUUCCUGGGGGGGCUGCCCCCUGCGCAGGGACCCCGAGCCCACCCUGGGGGAGGCCCCCGCAUCCCCCGUGUCCCCCCUCGACAUGACGCUGCCCCCCCCGGUUCCCCGCGCCCCCCCCGGCCCCUUCCUGCACCCCAAGGGCAAGGUCCCCCCCGGUCCCCUGGGUGCCCCCAUCCCCGCGGCUCUCCCCAUGGCCGGGGGGGUCCCGGGGGGGGUCCCGGUGGCCGGGGGGGUUCCGGGGGGGCCCGAGCUCUUCUCCUGCCCCGUGUGCCAGAAGAGCUUCGGGUUCCAGCGGAUGCUGAACCGGCACCUCAAGUGCCACAGUGAAGUCAAGCGGCAUCUCUGCCCCUAUUGCGGCAAGGGCUUCAAUGACACCUUCGACCUCAAGCGGCACGUCCGCACCCACACCGGCGUGCGGCCCUACAAGUGCAGCCUGUGUGAGAAGGCGUUCACGCAGCGCUGCUCGCUGGAGUCGCACCUCAAGAAGAUCCACGGUGUGGCUCAGCGCUAUGCCUACAAGGAGCGCAGAGCCAAGCUCUACGUGUGCGAGGAGUGCGGGGGUACAGCCGAGAGCCAGGACGGGCACAUCGCGCACCUGCGCCAGCGCCAUCCCCACAGCCCCCUCCUGGCCAAGCUGGCUCGCAAAGCGGCCACCAACCCCCCCCCCGGACCCCCCCCCCAACCCCGCAUGGUUCCGCCCCCUUGAUGGGGUGGGGGGCUGAGGGAAAGGGGGGAUCCCUCCUCCCCCCCCCACCCCCCCCGAGACCCUCUAUGUGGGGUAUGAGUGCUAUCAACACUGCGGUAGGGGACGCGAUGAGGCCACGCCCACGUGGCGCAAGCCACGCCCCCUGCGUGGGGCAGGACACGCCCACUUGGGGGCUCGGGAGGGGGGGGCCCCACCAAUAGGGGUUAAGCCCCACCGCCCGGGGGCGGGCUUGCAGGCACAGACCACGCCCCCAAAGGGAAGCUCCGCCCACCGUGGGGAGCUGACCACACCCCCUCCCCGGCUGGCCCCGCCCCCCCCCCCCGUGUAUCCAUAAAGGUCGAGAUCGAAAAGA